AUUCACCCACACUAUAGCCCCCACUUUGAAAAAUCAAAGUCGACACCGUGUUCAUUUGUCCAUUUAUUGUUGUACUAUUAUUCACACUAUAUUUAUUCUUACCCUUUCAUUGAUUUUCAUUUCAAUUUCUUCUUGUUUUUGCAGAUUCUUGGUUUGGGUUUUUCCUUUUUUAGCUGAAAAACCAUGGAUUUGAGCCAUUUAAAUCGUGGGCAAAUCACUCGAAUAGGAUCUGGGUUUUGUGUGUUGCUGACACUGCAUUUCACAUUCCAGCUUCUAGCACAACAUCUGUUUCACUGGAAAAACCCAAAGGAACAAAAAGCUAUAGUGAUUAUUAUAUUUAUGGCUCCUAUUUAUGCUGUUGUUUCCUUUGUAGGGUUAUUAGAUGUUCGUGGUAGCAAAGAGUUCUUCACAUUGUUGGAGUCAAUCAAGGAGUGUUACGAGGCUUUGGUGAUUGCAAAGUUCUUGUCUUUGAUGUAUAGCUACUUGAACAUAUCAAUUAGCAAAAAUAUUGUGCCUGAUGAAAUCAAAGGAAGAGAGAUUCACCAUUCAUUUCCAAUGACCCUUUUUCAGCCUCGCACAGUUAAGCUAAACCAUGGAACACUGAAGCUUUUGAAGUACUGGACAUGGCAAUUCGUCGUAAUCCGGCCGGUGUGUUCGAUAUUGAUGAUAACAUUGCAAACCCUUAGGGUUUAUCCUUCAUGGUUGAGCUGGACAUUGACAAUCAUCCUCAAUGUAUCUGUUUCAUUAGCAUUGUACUCUUUGGUGGUGUUUUACCAUGUUUUUGCAAAGGAGUUGGCACCUCACAAGCCACUUGCAAAGUUCUUGUGCAUCAAAGGGAUUGUUUUCUUUUGCUUUUGGCAGGGAGUGGUACUGGACAUACUCGUAGCAAUGGGCUUCAUUAAAUCGCAUCAUCACUGGUUAGACGUAGAGCACAUUGAAGAAGCUCUUCAAAACACAUUAGUUUGCAUAGAGAUGGUUGUUUUCACUGUAGUACAGCGCCGUGCAUACAGUGCUGCACCAUAUAGUGGAGAAAGUGAAGCUAAGAUAAAGAAAAAUGAAUGAUAUUUGGGAUGCAACAAUUACCAUAUCUAUGUAUGUACGUAUGUUUAUUCAUGGAUUGUAUUAGAAGAUAAGCUUAGAAAUGCUUCUACUCUCUAUUUUCAAUAUAUUAAAUAGAUUUAAUGAGGAUUUGAAAUUUAA